AUGAAAUAUGGGCAUGGGAAGGGGUCGCUGAUGAUAAUGGCGACCCUAAGCUUAUGCACUUACAUUAUUGAUCAGAAUGAAUUUGUUGUGGAGCCACUAGCAGUUGUGAUGGAUACUCCCGACUCGGUCAAGACAUACUGGAAGCAUUUACAGCAUGGUACCAGAUACAUAACAAUUGGACAUGCACGAAGGUGCGAAGAAGUAUUCUUGAGCCCGAUUUGCAAAGCAGACCAACCAAUAUUAGAAACAAACUCGCCAAAGCAGGAUGAUUUACUGAAGCACUUAAAAGGAUCCCAUGGCGAUAUCCCAGAUUUAGUCGCUCGCGUCUAUUUUAGCUAUAGACCUUCCCACCUUGUCAUUAUUGACUACACCGGGUUUUCAACGUCUCCAAAUGAUAUUAGGCUUCUUUCUUUCUUUUUUGAAAAAAAUUUAAAUGUUGACAUGGCAACAUUAAACGAUCAAACAUACGAGGGAAUUGAAAGCACAAUUACUUUACAUGGAUUGAUUGCCAAGACCUCUUGUCUUAAAGUAUAA